AUGGUGCACGCCACGAACCAUGCCCACUCAUCAUUGCGCAAGUUGCAACACGUCUUUCCAACGAGCAGAACACCUGGCCAGACACAACUUGCUUCACCUUGGUCAAAGACCAUACAAUUGCCCAAAGUGCCAGAGGACCUUUUCGAGAAGACGGCUUUCCCUGACAGCCAAGCCAAUGAUGGACACGACGACCCCCUUCUACAAUGGCAGCAUACAUCAGAAACCAUUCUUUCGGUAGGCGAAAAAUCCAAUCUGGACGGGCUUCGGCUGAACGAGGGCCCCGCCAUCGAUACACAGCCUAUCGCCAGUGAGGAAGACAACGUACGGGCCGACUACACAAUCUUGUCAGGGUUUCAAAACGCAACAGACAGAGUUCAUGAGUCUUGGGCAGCGACCAGCCAUGCACAGCCCUUGGGUGGGCAAGGAACCAAGGGUACUUCCUUUGAAGCUUGUGUGAUGACCAGCACCCAGUCACCAGGCUUCCAAUCCGGUGACGUCCUCACGGGCACAUCAGCUUUCGAGCUGCAGUCGACUGAAUUGUUUUCCUUUGGCUUUCCAGCAGCUGAUAGCAGUUUCUGGGAUGACGGCUUGGACCUGGCUGCGCUUUAUCACGGUACGUCUGCCGAUUUCAGCUUCCCACUCACAUCAAGCGAAUGCGAGCCAGAGCAUGACAUCACAUUGGAUCCCAGCACGGACGAGCUGGACAUUGAUCUGUCCCCUCCUCCUCCACACACAUUUCUGGAUACCAGGUCGAGUCCGGAUCCGCAGGAGGGUCAGGCCCUGAAAUUUGAAGGCUAUGUACGCAAGGCAUUCAAGAGUCGACAGCAACUCUACCAUACUGCUGACCAACGGGCCGAGUGUGUUCCGGGGCAGACCUCUCAGCAUCACCAUGGCUUGCACGAAAAGAUAUCUGAUGCACCCCUCUUGGGGGCCUUCCCUAUGGACCUUGCCCACGACGAUGAAGAGCUGUGGGAGCCCGAGAAUCUAGCUCGCGUUCCUACGUUAAACAGGGUGACGUAUGACUUCAUUGUGGCACAGUUCAGGGAUCUAAAUACGACUAACAAUCACAUUACCCAAUUCGCGACUGGACAAUUUCCUUGUCUAUCAGCAUGUAAUGCUUUCACACAGCUCUUUUUCGAGAGCUUCAAUCCUACCCUGCCCAUGAUCCACCAAGGAACAUUUGACCCAGCCAACGAGCCUUGGCAGUUGGUGCUUGCUGUUAUUGCCAUAGGCUGCCGCUUUUCCCGAGUGGCAAAGGCUGUCCAAUGUGCGGAUCUCUUGCAAGAGCUUGUCCGCAGAGCAUUUGACCUGACUGUUGAAAAGGAGUAUAAGUCGACAUGUGAGCCAUGGCUUGCUCAAGUUGGAUUGCUCAAUCAGAUAGGUAUGCAAUUCUCAAAAGACUUUCGACUCGUGGAAACGGCACAAGGGUUACGCAGUGUCCUCGAUGUAAUAUGUCGAAAGGUAAACUGCUUCAAAGAGGCCGCGCGACCUUCGACAGCUUUGGAGUCUCUGGCAAACGACCAGGCAGCAUGGAUCUCUUGGGUGCGACAGGAGACACUGCGCCGAUUGGCUUAUACCAUCUGGCUGAUAGAUAGCCAAUACAUGUUGUUCCUUGAUCAACGUCCUCUGCUCCCAACGGAAUUGCUGCGCACCAGCCUGCCAUCUAAUGAGCGUUUGUGGAACGCCAUGACAGCACCGACGUGGCGCAAGAUCUUGGGACAGAAUGACAAAGACCUUCCAGGAAACAUUCGAAAAGAACUGCAUCAGCUUUACAAAACUCGAACGUGCCGGCAGACACUGGGCGUAUAUGCAACUCUCAUGCUUGUGAUGGGCAUUUUCCGCGACGCCAUGGAUGUGUGGCGUAGCUCGAGGUCUGGCCUCGGCGCUCAUCUUGCUACUAUGGAAGAUCCCAGGCAGUAUCCUGGCGAGUCCGUUCUCCGUCAAAUCCCUAUGGCCGUGGCUCAAAGAAGUCUCGAAUUCUUGCAGAUCUUAUGUCCAAGAAUCGAAGCGGUUCCUCACGACAGAUCGCUGGAGUCGGUGCUCGCGCAUCAUUGUCAUGCGGUUGGCAUUGCCAUACGAUUGCCACUGAGUGAACUUUUCUGCUAUAUGGGUUAUAGGGUGACCAGCGUUGACAUCAUGCAUUGCCGACAGCGUCUGAAGACAUGGUUUCUUCGGCAUGAGAGAGAUGCUAGACAGGUGGCAUGGCACGCUGGCCAACUCUUUGGUUCCAUUCGGCAAUCCAGAAUGCAUGGCUACUACGAAGGUCGUGCAAUGCUAAUAGCUUGCUUAUCGUUGUGGGCAUUUGGUGACAAUGCUGGGUCCAACGUCUUGGGCGAGGGUGUGAAUAAUGCGCCGACAUACCGCCUCGAUGACCCUAGCGGCCCGCAGAUUGACGAUUCUUGGCUGCAAGAUGGUGCUGGGAUGCGACCAUGCUUGGCGGGCGUGGGCAGUAUCUUAGGAGUGGACGGUGUUUCUCGUCUGAUUCACGAAGGCUCCCGAGUGCUGUGUAGCUCAUCCGUCUGGCCAAUCUCAGAUGUCCAAGGCAAGGCGCUCCAGAUCUUCCACAACGUGCGCCGUGGGGACCGUGAGAACUGA